UCGUUCCGAAGAGUGCGGCGGCUGAGCAACGUAUAUCGGACAACGCCCCGAUAAAAUUUACCGCAACAAUAUUAAUCGCGAUUUUUUAACCCUGGAAUAAUAAUUCGCGAUGAAUUUUCUAACUGUACAAAAGUGUUCAACGAUAUCGCGUCGUUUCCCGACGAUAAACAGAGUCUGUUGACAGACAGCGUGACCUUGGAGAUCGCGUCCACGUCGACCCGUAGCCGGUACCAGCAUACAAUACACGCUUUCACUGUGCGCAUGUCAACAUCAGACUCGAGUCGUUGAGUCGAUUUAUCGCAGCGGGCGUUUUUGAGUUAUUUUGUAUUCGCGGUAAAAGAAGUGCGGAAAAAAUAGCGGCGAAGAAAUUUUACACGGGAGGGUAGCGGCUAGCCCGUUCUUUCGCGAUGGUGGAAAAAAUCGAAUCACCGUACCUCGAGGCGUUACGAUCUGUCGCCGGCGAUACACCCGGUGAGAAACAAAAAACCAUAAACGAGAUCGCCAAAAAAUUGGCGACCGUCGAGAGCGGUGGGAUCGUCGAUCCGGAAGUUCCCGAUAUUCCGGAACUCCUGAGGCCGCUGGUCCGCGUUGAGGUUGCAAAAAUUUUGCACCGUUACGACGAAAUCAUCGAGGCUCUGAAGAGCGAAGAUUUGUCGGUGGUGACCAGGGCGCUGCAGGCGAAAUGGUUUUUCGACGGAUCGGAGGACGCUCCGGUGAACGCGAAAUAUUUCGCCGAUAAAGUUUUCCACGAGAUAUCGUUAUUCGCUAGACUGAAGGUGAUCAAAAAUUUGGGACUUUAUCUGAAGAAUCCGCGAAUCGCGGCCGAUUUUUUCACCGCGACAUGCGAACUCUACGGGGUCGAGCAGGCUCUCCCGCUCCUCCCGGCCUGCGGCGAGGAUUUCGCGUUCCAAAAUAUAAUGGAAAAAAAAAUCCUACUGUCCUCGAGAAUGGUGAGAACUCUGUACCGAAAAUAUCCGAAACUCGUGAUAAAGUAUCUGAUGCAGAGCGAAAGGCAGAGUGAAAAUAUCCGGACUCGGGAUAAAAUCAAACUGAGCGCCUACGCGGAUUUUUAUUCGGAGAUUUCGAACGAACAUUUCGAGGAAUUCAUGAAGAUAUGCAGCAUAGAGAAAAGCCUGAAAGUCAAGCUCGGAAAAAGAGCGUCGAAAACGUUGGUCAAAAAACGGCCCGAUCUGGUGGUGGACAAUCCGAAAAAGUACUUGGAAAUAGUGCCGCUCAAACUGCUGGCGCAAAAAUUGUCUUCCGACGAUUUCAAAAAAAUGUUCAAAAAUCUAUUUCCCGAGGAUAAAAACGAUUUCGAUUACGCGAAACUGAUGGAUUGUUCGAAGUUUCUGAAAAACGACGAGGACAAGGUAAAAUUAAUUCGGGACACCUUCCGCGAGGUCUACGGGGAAGACGUAAUUCAUUGCAAAAAUUUGAUCAAUCGCAAGCUGAUGCAGUCGUUACCCCCGACCGACAGGAUAAAGGUGGCGAGAAUGAGACUCGAGGAGGACAAGGACUGGCACGUUUACGAUCCCGAAUACUCCUGGCGUUGUUAUUUGCCGACCGAAGAAUCGAUCCCCGCGAUAAUCCGAGAAAUCGCCAAGACAUCGGACGCAACUCAGCGCGGCGAAUUUUUGAAGCACUUGAUAUUCACUUGCAGAGUGAACGACGACAGAGAAGCCCUGAUCAAAGUAUUGAAAUACGUUUACGACAGGCACAAAAACGACCAGAAAUAUAUAAUACAAAAAUUUCUAUCGUCGCUCCAGAAGUCGUUCGCGCUGUCGAAACUCACGUCGGCGCAUUGGGAGAUAUUGAAUAAUUUUAUAAAACGAGCGGAAAUAGUCAACGAUUUUGACAACGCGAUUCAGACGUACCUGAAUCUGUUGGAAUCGGCGAUAGGCUAUUGCGAACUUAACGACCUACCCGCGGACGAUUACGUGCGAACGUUCGUGAGUAGAAAGAUCUCGUGGUGCUACCAAAGGUGGAAUAUAUUGCGUGAUAACGCAGAUUUGGAAAGAAAAUAUCUGAAAAUAUUCAUAGACGCGUUGCCCGAGCAAUAUCCCUUCGACGAUGAGGUUUGGAAGAAAGACGAGACGGUCCGAUGCAUAGCGUGGUCGUUGUGGGAAUUCAACGAGCGGCACGCGCCACCGAAUGGAGGCGAAAAAAAAUUUUCCGUCGCCGAUUAUCCGUGGAUUUUGGAGAAGCUGGAAGAAUUUAUGGAGGAGAAGUUGGACGAGCGAUACCUGCAGAAGUCCAUGCUCGCCGAGCAGAAGAAAAACGAACCGGAAAUCUACGUGCGGUGGAUAAAACGGUUGAAAAAUUUUUGGGAAUUCGGCGAGGACGUUAUCUCGGACGUUUUCAAAGAGACGCCUGAACGCGUGCUGGCAAAUUACAAGGAAUGUUUCAAAGAGCUUUCGGACGUCUACCAAUUGGGACCGAAGUUAACAAGGAUAAUCGUUAAGAGCAAAAGUUACCGAGAAUUGGGAAUAAAAUUCUACGGCGAGGCCCUCGAGAAUUACGCGAAUCCGGAAAAGUCGAAGAUCACGAUAGCGAUUUUGGCGCUGCUCACCGACGGCGAAACAUUCGCGAAAAUCAUCGAAUCUCACGUUCCAACGGAGGAUACCAUAGACAUCGAGGACCCCGGGGCGAGAGAUAAGUACAAAUUGGUGCCCGUCAUAACUUCGAACCUUGGCAAAGUGAAUCCUCCCGUAUCCCUGGAAAUCGUGGGAAACUUCUGCGCGGGGGAUUACCUCCAAUUGGCGCUAUGCUCGCUGUCGAAAAUCAGCUGUAAAAUUCCGGUGUCCAAGGUAAUCGGUUUCGCGGCUGCGUUGACCGACGGCAAAGUGUCCGCGAUUAAACAGGGAAUAAGGAUGAUCUACGAGGUCGGUACCCGCGAGGAGGUCGACGCUCGUCUCGGCGAACUGUGGAAUCUUCAGAAGCACGCUUCGGUCCGCGGUGUGCUUUUCAAAAAAAUAUUUCACGCCUUCUCGAGGCGACCGGACCCCCGGAGCUGGGCGUUGCUCAAGGGAUGUCUGGACGGUCUGAACGCCGCCGACGAGGCGGAAGUCUUCAAAAUAUUGGAGACCCAAAUAUACGCGGUGCCUAAGGACUACCUGCGCGACUACGUCGCCGCGGCACUCGGUGCCCUCAAAAUGAUGGAAGAAAAAGCGGAGGACCCCGACACGUACGUGGAUCGCGCUUGCGACCUGCUGAAAGCCAUCGAUCCUCACAUGGCGGAAGCUCUGCCGGAGGAAUUCUGUCGAAAUUUGAUGAGGAGAUAUCUGUUCGUUUUUCAAUUCAACAACGUCGUCUUCGAGGCCGGACGAGAUUUCGCCAUCAACUGUUACCUCCUAGGAUCGAAAUCGUACGACGAAUCGCGAUUGAAUUUUUUCCUAGGAUAUUUGCGCGAUUCCAUCAACGAGCACUGGGACGAACCUGCCCCGAAAAGGACGAAAUUCUUCCCUAUGAACUUCAUGGUCAAUCAAUUUCUGACGUAUCUUUGCGACCAGGCGGAUCGAACGUGCGACGUACGGAUAUUCGAGUCGUUUUUGGGGAUUUUUAAAACCGUACUGAAGCCGCAUCAGGAGCCCGUUUCGUUUACGGAACUUUUUUACUUCGUCGAUUACCGAAAUUCGGAAAGUCCUCGAGAAUUUGGGGAAAUCGUGGCUCGCCACCUCCCCGAAUUGGUGGGUUACUUCUCCCCGGAAUGUGUGAUCUCUCUGUCGAACAGGUUGUCGGAAUUUUUGGGAAAGCAUAAUUGGAAGGAUUUCGCGAACAACGAAGAAAACGCGCUGAUGGUGAUCGACCGUCUCGCGGAGACCGGAGAUAUUCGUUGCUCGUUUUUCGCCGCGAACAUGCUAUCCGGAAACACGGCGAAAAAAUUCGACGGUUAUCGAAAUCGCGUUAUUCAAAAUUUGUAUAAAUUGGAACACCCCGGUAUAUCCGCUAUUCUGAACGAACGUUUGCGCAGCGGUGUGUUCCCAGGUGACGUAGAUGAAUAAUUUUCGAAUCCCGCCCACUAUCCUAAUCGUGAAUCUCGCCAAACGAUCCCAAUAUUUUGUGAUAUCUAUACUCGUUUCUCGCUUCAUUCAUUUUUACCAUCGGAGCAGCAGCUUUCUUCACCUCGAAUCAUCGUUAUAAAUAUUGAUAAAUAUGUUUAGUUUUAAAUAGAUCUAAUGGAAUCUUCGAUACAGUUAAUUCGAUAGUUUAUAAAAGUAUACUAUAAAUUAAGCGGUUUGAUUAUAUUUUUAUGACAUUUAUAACAUGACGAUAAGUUAAUGGAGAGAAAAUUUAUGGAACGUAAUGUCGGAAAUAUUUUUCCAUCAUAUUUUUAAUAGUCCUUCGAUAUUUCAUGUAACUAAAUAAAACAGAUCUGCUGUGUUUACUCUUCUCUCAAA